GAAAGAGCAGUUAAAGCAGCAGGCGUCCAGUCUCAGGUUCCUCAUUCUCUGUUUGUGUGUGGCGCGUCAAUGAGAGUAGCGCGCGCACUCGACGCUUAUAUCGCUCAGAAACUUGUCCUUUUAAAUGAGAGUUGACUACUUUUUCUGACAUUUGACAGGAAACAUGGGUUGUAAAAAAUCCAAGUUGGACGGUGACCAAACUGGAGGUGUGCUUGAAGGGAACAAACACCAGCCAGUACGUACUGACCAAACUGUAUAUGUGAGAGAUCCAACCUCCUAUAAGCCUCAUAUAAAUAAUCAGCCCACCGGGCUCCUGCCUGGUCAGUUGUUCCAAAAAAUGGAAGAAAAGGAAAAAAUAGUCAUUGCUUUGUAUCCAUAUGACGCCAUUCAUGCUGAUGAUUUGGGCUUUAAAAAAGGAGAGAAAUUAACGAUUCUUGAAGAGCAUGGAGAGUGGUGGAAGGCAAAGUCUUUGUCCACAAGAAAGGAAGGAUUCAUUCCUUCAAACUAUGUCGCAGAAGCAGACACUAUAGAGACAGAAGAAUGGUUCUUCAAAGAUAUCACACGAAAGGAUGCAGAGAGACAGCUGCUGGCGCCUGCUAACAAACCUGGGUCAUACCUCAUCCGGGAGAGUGAAACCUCAAAAGGAAGUUAUUCUCUGUCAGUCAGAGACGUGGACGCUCAGGGGCUGGAUGUUGUUAAACAUUAUAAAAUCAGAUCUCUGGAUAAUGGGGGCUACUACAUCUCCCCAAAAAUCACAUUCAAUGACAUCAACAGCAUGAUAAAACAUUACCACAAACAACAGGACGGAUUGUGUCGAAAACUAGAGAAACCAUGUGAGAAGCCGAAAGCACAGAAGCCAUGGGACAAAGAUGCAUGGGAAAUCUCUAAAGAAUCCAUCAAGAUGGUGAAGAAGCUCGGGGCAGGGCAGUUUGGAGAGGUGUGGAUGGCAUACUAUAAUAACAGCACAAAAGUGGCAGUUAAAACGCUGAAGCCGGGCACAAUGUCAGUGGAGGCUUUCCUAGAGGAGGCCAACCUGAUGAAAACCUUACAGCACGACCGACUCGUGCGCCUCUAUGCUGUCGUCACCAAAACUGAGCCCAUCUACAUCAUCACUGAAUUCAUGGCAAACGGAAGCUUAUUGGAUUUCUUGAAAAGUCCAGCUGGCUGCAAAGUACAGUUACCGAAGCUAAUAGAUUUUUCUGCACAGAUAGCUGAAGGUAUGGCCUACAUUGAGAAGAAGAAUUAUAUCCACCGAGACCUGAGGGCAGCUAAUGUGCUGGUUUCAGAUAGCCUGUUGUGCAAAAUAGCUGAUUUUGGCCUUGCCAGAGUCAUUGAGGAUGACCAGUACACAGCCAGAGAAGGAGCAAAAUUUCCUAUCAAAUGGACGGCACCCGAGGCCAUCAACUACGGUUCUUUCACCAUCAAAUCUGAUAUGUGGUCCUUUGGGGUUCUCCUGUAUGAGAUUAUAACAUACGGGAAAAAUCCAUAUCCAGGCAUGAGUAACAGUGAAGUCAUGAGCUCUGUUCAGAGAGGUUACCGGAUGCCCCGUCCUGAAAACUGUCCCACUGAACUCUAUGAUAUCAUGAACUCGUGCUGGAAGAGUAAACCAGACGACCGGCCCACGUUUGACUAUAUUCAGAGUGUGCUAGAUGACUUCUACACAGCCACCGAGGGCCAAUACCAGCAACAGCCAUGAGGAUGUACUGUUUCAAGAUGACCAAAAGAUCUGUGAUUUAUCUAUGAAUCAUUGUACUAAUAUGUAACUAAUAAUUGGAUCAAUCUGCUUACUUGUAAGCAAGGUUCAGAUUUUCUAUUUCUACUUCAAAUUGAAGUUUUAACAACCUAUUUGCUACUUUGCUCUUCUCAUUCAGAUUUCAAUGGCUGCAUUUCAAUUUGUAAAUCAUUUUUACGUUUCAGCGUACCCUACCAAAAGUUUCAUAGUAAUUUUUACACAUCAAAACAUGUUUUUGUUUUUUAAAUGAGGGGUUUGCAAACUGGAGUCUGUUGGGGGCUGUGGAAGUUAACUGUAAAGCUAUUUUGAAAGGAUAUUUUUGGAAGUAUAUUUAUUGUCAAACGAGCUAUACCAAUACAUUUGAAUUGAAAUAAGAUGUUUAGUUACAUUCACAAAUGUAAACGCUGAAAAUGAACACUGCAAAACACUUGUCUUUAAACUAUGACACAUUUUCUUAAAAGGGUGUGAAUAAUUUAUGAAUUACAUUAUACAGCUGCCUUUAUAUUUUAGUAAGAGGGUCCCUCAAAAAGGAGUAUCAUAUUUGGAGGUUUUUAAACCUCUGGUUUAAAUUAAAAUAAUCUUGACUUUUUUUGCAUUACAUAAUUUAAUAGCAAUAUUGAUAAUUUUACAAUAAUGAACAGGGCAAUAUUUUGUAAUUAAACCUUUAAAUUGCCUUGUAUUUGAUUAGCUUUAAGAGUGAAAUGCUUUGUAUAUUUUAAAUAUUUUGUACAUUUGUAUAUUAUCUAGAAACCUAAUAAAGUGAAUCUUUUGUG